CGUAAAAAACAACAGUAUGGAACAGUCUGGUCAGUCACCCGACAAUGGAGGACGACCUGAAGAAUCACCUGAAGCUGCGUUAAUGGCGUCCUUUCGUGUAGCUGCUGAGUCUGUUACACAACUCUACAAAACCUCUUUGAAUCAAAAAACAAAAUAUCAUGAUGCCGGAUAUGGACAAUGUCUACAAGAUUUAAUGGGUUUCAUUUCUUCUCAUCCUAGCGUUCAAAGACAAACAACUGGAGAUGGACGAGACGCGUUCAUAUCAGUACAAGAUUUGUGCAUUUUCAUUAAUUCUAAAACAGAGCAAUUAAAAUCCGUAUCUCGAAGAUGUCGUGAUGAAGGAAUGAAUGCUCGUUUACAGACACAACAAUCGCAACACCAUCAUCAUCAACAAUUUUUGCCUGAGCAAACUUCGACCUUUCAAACUUCCAAUGUUCAAAUAUGUCCAACCUCUAACAUUCCAACUGCAGUUGCCGUUUUUGAAAAUACCUAUGAAGCGUUUAAUUUUUCCCUUCCAGAACACGUUAUGUAUAACCCUGUUCAGCGCGAGAUUGAUUGCAUUGAUACGGGCCAAGAAGGAGGAAUUGGUAUCUUUGCUGGAAAUGAUAGUUUAAAAAGACGAUAUAAUGGAUCAAAUGAAUUGAAUUUUCAAGGACGUUCUACAUUUUAUGAUUGUUCAUUCUAUGAACCCCCUACCAAGAAAGGAAGGUUGCGCAAGGAAGAGUAA